GGCGCCCCCUGCUCCUCUGCCCGCCGCGCCGCGCCGCUCCGCCGCCCGUGCUCCGCUCCCGUUCCGCCGCAGCCCCGCGCCCCGGCCCGCUCCGUCCCGUCUCUGUGUGUCCGUGCCCUCCCGUACCGGCGCUGCGCUGCGCUUUCCCCGCCGGUCGCCCCCGCAGCCUAUGGCCCUGGAAGGCGCCGCUGCCGCCGCCUGUAUUUCUGCUGUAGGUUCCCACAUCCCUCUUUAAAAAUUCCGCCGAAAAAGAGAAGACGAUUUACCAAAUCUUUCGGGCCGUUAUCUCACGGCAAAAUCUCUGAUCAAGUUUACAACUAUCCAGAAGGCUUAGGAGAAGUGCUUUAUAGAGAACAGUUCGACUUCAACGCCGAGCCACCUUGGGAACCUAGCUGAUGAUAGUAGGGUUCCAUCUCCUAACUUGUCCAUUUUGUUGCAUAAUUUAAGGACCCGGAUAUAAGGCUUGGAAGCCCAUCCCUUGUGUUUCUUGGUUUAUGACUGUCGGCUUUGCGGAAUACGGCUGAGAUGAAAGGAUUUCUCGAGGAUGCAAAUUACUCCAUUGGCCUGUUGGAUGAAGGAGCAACUCUCGCGGAUGUUAUUGACAACUGUAUUUAUGAACAUACUCAUACUGGAAAAAGAGCAUUUUAUGUUGGUGAUCUUGGAAAGCUUGUAAAGAAAAACAUACAAUGGCAGAACGUGAUGGCACCAAUAAAACCAUUUUAUACUGUGAGAUGCAAUUCUACUCCAGGUGUACUUGAAAUCCUGGGAACACUUGGGGUUGGAUUUGCAUGUUCCAGUAAGUCUGAAAUGGCAUUGGUGCAAGGCCUGGGCAUUUCUCCUGAAAACAUUAUAUAUACAAAUCCUUGCAAGCAACCUUCUCAGAUAAAGUAUGCAGCAAAAGCUGGAAUAAACAUCAUGACUUGUGACAGUGAUAUUGAGCUGAAGAAAAUUGCACGUAACCAUCCAAAUGCAAAGCUCUUACUGCACAUUGCCACAGAAGACAUUACUGCUGAUGAGGAGAUGAAUAUGAAGUUUGGCACCACUCUGAAGAACUGUAGGCACCUCAUGGAAUGUGCUAAGGAGUUUGGAGUUCAAAUAGUUGGUGUUAAAUUUCAUGUUUCAGGCUCUUGCAAGGAACUGCAAACGUACAUUCAUGCUAUAUCUGAUGCUCGGUGUGUGUUUGACAUGGCUGAAGAAUUUGGCUUUAAGAUGAACAUGUUGGAUAUUGGUGGGGGCUUCACAGGUUCAGAGCUUCAGCUGGAAGAGGUUAAUCAUGUCAUCAGGCCUUUGCUGGAUGUCUACUUCCCUAAGGAAUCUGGUAUCGAAGUGAUUGCAGAGCCUGGAUGUUACUAUGUUUCAUCUGCUUUUACACUGGCAGUUAACGUAAUUGCAAAGAAAGCUGUUGACUGUGACAAACUUCUUCCUUCUGGAGUGGAGCAAGCUAGGAAUGAUGAUGAACCAGUAUUUACAUACUACAUCAAUGAUGGUGUUUAUGGUUCUUUUGCAAGCAAGUUGUCUGAGAAACUGAAUACUAACCCAGAGGUUCACAAGAAAUACAAGGAAGAUGAGCCUCUGUUCGCAAGCAGCCUUUGGGGUCCAUCCUGUGACGAGCUUGAUCAAAUUGUGGAAAACUGUCUUCUUCCUGAGCUGAGUGUUGGAGAUUGGCUCAUCUUUGAUAACAUGGGUUCUGGUACCUUAGGUGAACAGUCCACCUUCAGUGACUAUCAGAGGCCACUCAUUUACUACAUGAUGUCCUUCAGUGACUGGGAUGAGAUGCAAGAUGCUGGAAUUGCUUCAGACACAUUGAUGAAGAAUUUCUUCUUUGUGCCUUCUUGCAUUCAGCUGAGCCCAGAAGACCGCUUUUCCACUGCAGCUUAAACAGGCAUUAACGCUUCAUUUAGACCUGCAGUUGCAAGUCUGUAGUUUGUCUGGUCAACAUUCCAGUGUGGAAGAAAUGGAACAAUCUCGAAUUCAAUUCAUUCUCUUCAAAACUUGAAAAAAAAAUAGUAAUAGCUAAUGGGGACCAGGCAAAACAAGCUACAGCUACAAUUCACCGGGGGGAGGGAGGGUUAGAUAAUGGCAUCCAAAUUUAAACUUCUGUUUAUUCAACCCCUGAGCGUUUAAAUAUGCAACAAAAUGGAUGACUUAGUGGAGAUGGAAACCCAUCACUUGGGUUCUUCAACAGUUUACAUACAAGUACACAGUUUUUAUACUAAGGAUUCCUGUUAGAAAAGUCUUGUAAAGUUAUCGUCUUUCGCCCGGAUAUAUCAAAUGUCAGUGGGAGACCAGUGUGACUUCAUUAGAUGUUUAGUGUAUUUAGAAUGUGUAAAUUUGUGCUUUGAACUGUAGUUUAAUAAAUGUAAAAUUGCAUCAUAGUAUUUGUUGUAUUUGACCCUUGAUGUAUCCCUUGUAUGAUUGCAAUAAAACUUUGUGUAGAUUUUAA